GCGGAGCCUGGGGAGCCGUGUUUUGCAUCGGGAGCCGGCGGCAGCGGCGGAGGAGGCGGCGCUGGCACUUGACCGGAGGGUCCCCUUCGGGUCCGCUGCCCUGUAGUGUUUCCCCCCCACCCCACCUUCACGGCCGCCAUGUACCGGGCCCUGUACGGCUUCCGCUCGGCCGAGCCCAGCUCCCUGGCCUUCGGCGCCGGAGAGACCUUCCUGCUGCUGGAGCGGAGCAACCAGCACUGGUGGCUGGUGACCCGGGCGGGCUCCGGGGAGACGGGCUACGUGCCGGCCUCUUACCUGCAGCGCCUACAGGUGCUGGAACAAGAUGUGGUUCUCCAGUCUAUUGACAGAGCUAUUGAGGCCAUUCAUAAUGCCGCAAUGAAGAAUGGGGGGAAAUACAACUUGGAGCAGAGGGAUGUCCUCCAGAAGCUGAUACAUCAUCGGAAGGAAACUGUUUCCCGCAAAAGUCACUCGCCAUCCACUCAAGGAAUGACUCCAUCUUCCAGUGAUCAUCACCUGGACCUAGCCAGGCAACCCAAUGGCGUCUGCAGGACUGGAUAUGAGCGACACCAUAGCUUGCCUAACACAGAUCCCCAAGAGGAGGAAGUUGGUGUUUACCAGAAUGAUGAAAGGCCAGAAACAAAGUAUGGCAUCCCACCACAGCCACGCCAUGCGGCUCCCGUUACUCCGCCACCGCCAGAGAAAUACAAAAACACACAGAUGGCUGCCUCUGUUAAAAACGCAGUUGAAAUCACCUCUCGGUCAGUUUCUAGUGCCUCCUCUGUAAGCACAACUUCGCUGGAUACCUUGUACACUGGCUCGACAGAGUCGGCUCUCCCGACUGCUACUCCCAGCCCCAGCAACACCCCUCCCCCUGUUCCCAGCAGAAGUGCCCACACGAUGGCAUCGCACAGCUUGGAUAUUAGCCCGCCAGGGCAAAGAAAGCAUGGGAGUGCAAGCAAAUCACCCCAGACCAAGAGGGCUGCCCCACAAGUGCCCGUGCAAGCAGGGGCUUCAGGUGCAAAUGACGAGAAGACCGUACAAGCCAAGGAGACUGUGCCAGUUGCUCCCGCGGAGGCAGAGGAUUUUGACUCCCUUUGCCCGGAAGAUAAAAAGCCAGCUGAUCUAGAGGAUGCAGAUCAUGAAUCACCGAGCCUAGCAGUAUCUGUGCCAAAGACAAUAGGCGCCGAAUUGAUUGAACUCGUCCGCAGGAACACGAAUCUCAGCUAUGAGCUCUCCCGGGUUGCCAUUGGGGUAGUAAUUGGCCAUAUCCAAACUUCUGUUCCUGCCACUAAUAGCAUCAUGGAGCAGAUUCUCAUCUCAUUGGUGGAAAGCAAGGAUCUUUGUUCAGGACUGCCUUCUGGUCAGAUCUGCCAUGACGAACAGAGGCUAAAGGUUAUAUUUGCAGAUCUGGCCCGCCAUAAAGAUGAUGCCCAGCAACGCAGCUGGGCCCUCUAUGAAGAUGAAAACGUCAUUUGCUGUUACUUGGAGGAACUUCUUCGUAUUCUGACCGAUGCGGAUCCUGAAGUCUGCAAGAAGAUGUGCAGGAAGAAUGACUUCGAAUCGGUUAUGUCCCUUGUUACAUAUUAUCAGAUGGAGCACAGAGUGCCAUUACGGCUACUGCUUCUGAAGUGUUUUGGAGCAAUGUGCAACUUGGAUGCUGCUAUUAUCUCUGCUCUGGUGAAUUCGGUCCUGCCAAUGGAGCUAGCUCGAGACAUGCAGACUCAUACCCAAGACCAUCAGAAGAUGUGCUACUCCGCUUUGGUGCUGGCUAUGAUAUUCUGUAUGGGAGAACCGCUGCCAUAUCAUCACUAUGAGCACCUCAAUUCCCAGUUUGUCCAGUUUCUGUUGGAUGUGAUUGAAGAUGGGUUGCCAUCAGACACCACAGACCAGCUGCCUGACCUGUUCAUUAAUGUUCUUCUGGCUUUUAACCUUCACAUUCCAGUGCCUGAGCAUAAUGUGAUCAUGGUUACCAUGAGCAAGCACCCCAAUGUCAAAACCUUCACAGAAAAGCUUCUUCUUCUCUUGAAUCGUGCAGACGACCCCGUGUGCAUCUUCAAGCACCAGCCACAGCCGCCUCACUCCGUGCUGAAAUUUCUACAGGACAUCUUUGCCAGCAAGGACACUGCAAACAUCUUCUACCACACAGACAUGAUGGUGAUGAUCGACAUAAUUGUGAGGCAGAUUGCAGAUCUCUCCCCUGGAGAAAAGCUGCGAAUGGAAUACUUGUCUCUGAUGCAUUCUAUUAUCCGGUCGACGCCAUACCUGCAGCACAAGCACCGUUACACUGACUUGCAGAGGACCUUGCAGCGCAUCAUGGUGGAAGAGGAGGAGAGUCAGCAGUGCCAGAUGGACAAAAUGAUAAUCCAAGAGAUCUAUAAGGAGUUUCCAGAAAUAUCUCCUGGAGACAGCUAACUGGUGCGGGGGAAGGACAGUUUGGGAUAAGAAUGCCUCUUGUGGUUGUAUCCUUUCCAUCCCUUUUUCCGGUACCACUCAUACCUUAUUGUCCCUUCAGGUGAGCCCUAAGGUUUCAAGUGGAGUGCCAUAAGACCCUACGGAAGAAAUGUUCAGCAUUUAUGCAAGUCAGUGGGCAGUUAGCUAAAGUUGAUUGUUGUCUGCCCAUUUCUAAGGGGUGGGGCAAAACAGCUGGAGACAAAAGAGGUGUCUUCACAGAUGGAGUGCUUUGACAAGUCUAGGAGAAUAUCCCUCCCUAGUGACCUUUGCACAGGAGAGAGGGCAGAGGCCUGUGACCUUGAGGGUCUUUGAGCUGCACCUAGGAUCCCAAAGCAAGAGGUCUCUGCUGUCAGCAUCCAUUUCCACCGGCAUUUCUUGUCCUGCCGCUACCCAGUGGAGUAGGCCAGUGUUUGCGGCCAGCUUUUGUAACAUCUCGUCUGCUGUGUCUAGUGCUCAAGUGCUGCAAUCCUAGCCAAGGAAGCUGCUGCUUGCUACUCUCUUAGUCCUGUGUCCAGUGAGCCUUUCAGUCCUUUUUAAACCCCGCUGCUUGAUCUCUGGGUUAGAGACCGGCUUAUCUGGGGUCUAAUACAAGUAAGCACCUGCUUCUGUUCCUGUUCUAUGCCGUGGUGUUUGCGCUUAAAUUUCUCUCCCACGGCGGCAGCAGAGAGAUAACGAUGGUCCAGGCAGCAGGAGUUCCUUCGACAGAUCUUCUGCCUGGACUCACUGCUAAGGUGUGUCCUUUUUGAGAGUUGCUGCUUGUCUCCUGCGAUGUACUGGCCUUGUUGCCUCUGGCACUGCACACACAAGGACCAUGUAUCUGUAGAUGGCAGUGCACGCUCUUCUCCCUUCAGCCUGGGGGUGUUUCUUGCCUUGAGCUUAAUAGCAAUUGGUUCUGCCUAGCUUUACCUUUUUAUGUCCUGAAGGCUGCUUGAGCCUGGUAUCUGAUAGCUCUGCUCCUUAAUAUGCACAAAUCGGGAGAGCUCCCUUUUCUUUAUCUAUUUCCUCCAGGUCUCCUGCAAAAUGGAUUUGCCUGCUUUUUUCCUAUUUAGAUCUUUCCGACAGGCUCACAUACUAAUACGGGUCUGUAAUAUCUUAAUAAACAUGCACGCUGCCAAAGCUCUUUGCAGAGUGGGUAAACAAGAGCUUUGCAACCUUCAGUGUAGAAGUAGCUUGAAUUAAAACUGGAAGUAUUUGGAUAACCUCUGAACCUAAUGUGAACCAAAUAAAUUAAGGAGUUGCCUUGGGCCAGGACAUCUGCUUUGGUAUGAUGUCAGUGCCGGGAGCCUCUAGAAUUGGCCAUCAGGUUUGAGCUGGUGAGCAAAGUGUUAGUUUGGGGGUCACUGUCUGAGACGAGUGAACAGCCCUGUUUUUAAGUGAAAUGUUUAAAAUAAAAACCAUUGUGAACGUUGAAAGGGAUUUGUAUUUUCAUAGAAUCAAAUAAACGUAGUCAAUGGAUAAAUA